UUUAAGCAGCUCUUAUGUAUAAAUACUAGGUAGCUAUCGUAGCUACUUAUUGGUUCAGUAUUUCAAAAACAAGUCGCUAGAUCAGUCGUGUUAAACCUAAAUAUAAACAUGUUUGUUGAUAAGAGGAGAUACAGUGUUGUGUUAACAUUCUUUUGCGUAUCAGCGCUCGCAGCGCCACCGUCUCAGACUAAAGUGUAUCGAACAGAUUACACUUACAGCAAGCACACUGAUGCCUUCUACAAACUGCACACAGAGUCCCGUUCGAUGGUGAAAGCCAGGGAGAAAUGUGACACAGAAGGUGCUAAACUGAUGGUUCCCCUGCCGCAAGAUAUUAUUCAGCUUCACGCCAUGUUCAAACUGUUUCCCGACCUCGGGGAAUACGUUCUGGUGGAGUCGGAUAGACAAACGCACGACCCUGCUGGGAGCAGCGAUGAAGUGCCAAUGGUUACGAUGGAUACGGAACCCGUGUACGAUGCAAUGCAAUGUGAAGUGGUGACUCGCAACGGUGAGAUCGAAUCCACCGUUUGCUGGCGACAGGCGCCUUUCAUUUGCAAAGUGGAUGCUUCCAGUGCGCCGUACGACGAACAAUGCGGCACUUACGGCAAAGAUUAUAUACCAAAGAAGACGGUGGGAAGCUGCUACAAGAUACCAGAAAUCGUGUACUCGUGGAACGAGGCAUAUGCAGAGUGCGAAGCGGAAGGGGCGCAUCUGGUGGUGCUCAACUCGGAAGCUGAACAUGAGGUGGUGAAGACCAUAAUGGAAACUGCCGCUCCGGUGCGAGGCUCCAAGACAACCUACUUCUUCUUCGCCGGCAUCCGGGCCAACCACCCCACGAACGGCACACCGAGAGUCUUCAAGACUAUCACGAAUCAAACCCUAGAAGAGGCGGGCUACUUCCAGUGGAGCGACAACGAGCCCAACAACUUCGAGGACUCGGAGUACUGCGGCUCCUUGUUCAAGAACGACGGGAAAUAUAACGAUCUCAACUGCUCCCACGAGUAUGCCUUUAUAUGCGAGAAAGAGACGCAGUUACUUUGAACUAAGUGUACACGUGUUUUAAGAGGCAAGACCAGUCGUCAUUUCUCCAUACAAACGUACUCGACUGUUUCCUUCGAGGUUUUUGACCAAUGAUUUGUUUUGUUCACAGAUUAAUACUAUUAAUAUAUGUGUCGGACUGUUUUGCUUUUUUUUUAAGCGCUAUAAGAAUUCAAUUGACUGGCGCAAAGAAAAGCAUAGAAUUCAAAACUUACACCAACUAGCCCAAAAAGAAAAACAGUCCGACUCAGACAAUUUCGUUACAAUUCAGAUUUCAAAGUUUCGUUACAUAUUACGAGUUAACCUCGAUUUUUGAGAUUUUAACGUAGGAUUUUCGCUUAAGCUGCAGUUAUCCCAACGCACUACUUUUAGGAGCCGCCCCCAUCAGCGCGACGGAUAUAUUCACCAAUCUGAGAAGGGGCUUCACUGACCUUUCCUCUUAACUUUCAUAUUAAAUACUUUGAUUUUG